AAAAAAAAAAGGCCCCCCCAAAAAAAUCGGGGAGAGUGUGGGGAAGCUCGAAGAGGAGAGAGAAACAACCUCUCGGCCACUUUGCAACAUUCCUAUAGCCAAAAUAAUCACUGAAGGAAGUUUCUUUUUUUUUUGUUUUGGUGUUUUUUUUUUUUCUUCUGCUCGUGUUGAUCUCUCUGCGUUAUUGUUAUUUGCAGCCAGUUUAUUUUUGAGCCCACCCAACCCCCCCCUCCCCACUUGAACCUCCCUGAAAAGUCAAAGCAGAGAGACAGUGAAUAUUUUUGGGGCACAUUUUUAUUAUUAUUAUUUGCAACUGAGAAGAUCUCUUCCCCUUUUCCGUACCAGCCUCUUUUUUUUUUUUUUUUUCCUCCCUUCUCUCCCCCCCUUUUUUUUUUCUUCUUCCCCCUGCGCUGAUGCUGAAGGGGGUGUUUUUGAUGUGGUUGCUUUGGUGGUGAUCGUCGCUGACUUUCCAAAGAGGGUGUUUUCGCCGCUGCUGCUGCUGCUUCUCUCCGCGUUGUGUGUGUGCGCGCGUGCUUUUUUUUUGGUUGCUGCAUCGACGCUGGGAAGAUGCUUCUGGAUGCUGGACCGCAGUAUCCCGCCAUAGGAGUCACUACCUUCGGAUCCUCUCGCCACCACUCCACGGCCGAUGUCACGGACAGAGAAGUGGGGCUGGGGAUCAACCCCUUCGCCGACGGCAUGGGCGCUUUCAAAAUCAACCCCAGCACCCACGAACUGGCCUCGGCCGGCCAGACCGCCUUCACCUCGCAGGCUCCCGGCUACGCGGCGGCGGCCCUGGGGCACCACCACCACCCGACCCAUGUCAGCUCCUACUCCAGCGCCGCCUUCAACUCCACCCGGGACUUUCUAUUCCGCAACCGCGGCUUCGGGGAGGCGGCGGCCGCCAGCGCUCAGCACAGCCUCUUCGCCUCCGCCGCCGGCAGCUUCGCCGGACCCCACGGACACACGGAUGCCGCCGGACAUAUACUUUUCCCGGGGCUGCACGAGCAAGCCACCAGCCACGCUUCGCCUAACGUGGUGAACGGGCAGAUGCGCCUGGGCUUUUCGGGAGACAUGUACGGCAGACCUGACCAGUACGGCCAGGUCACCAGCCCCCGCUCCGAGCACUACGCCUCGACCCAGCUGCACGGCUACGGCCACAUGAACAUGAACAUGGCAGCUCACCACGGGGCAGGGGCCUUCUUUCGUUACAUGAGGCAGCCCAUCAAACAGGAACUCAUCUGUAAGUGGAUUGAGCCUGAGCAAUUGUCAAAUCCCAAAAAGUCCUGCAACAAAACUUUCAGCACGAUGCACGAGCUGGUGACUCAUGUCACAGUGGAGCACGUUGGAGGACCCGAGCAGUCCAAUCACAUAUGUUUCUGGGAAGAAUGUCCAAGAGAAGGGAAACCUUUCAAGGCCAAAUACAAACUUGUAAAUCACAUCAGAGUCCACACAGGUGAAAAACCUUUCCCUUGCCCUUUCCCAGGCUGUGGCAAAGUCUUUGCCAGAUCAGAGAAUCUCAAAAUACACAAAAGAACUCAUACAGGUGAAAAACCAUUUAAGUGUGAGUUCGAGGGCUGUGACAGGCGCUUUGCGAACAGCAGUGACCGCAAAAAGCACAUGCAUGUGCACACUUCCGACAAGCCCUAUCUCUGCAAAAUGUGUGACAAGUCCUACACGCACCCCAGCUCCCUCAGAAAGCACAUGAAGGUCCAUGAAUCAUCCUCGCAGGGGUCCCAGCCUUCUCCAGCCGCCAGCUCAGGCUACGAGUCCUCCACCCCUCCAACCAUCGUGUCUCCAUCCACAGAAAACCAGACUGCCAGCUCCUUAUCCCCUUCCUCCUCCGCAGUCCACCACACGUCCAGCCACAGCACGCUUACAUCAAAUUUUAACGAAUGGUACGUCUAAACCGCUAAAACAAAACAACAAAAAACACAAACCGAAACAAAACAAAAAAGCCCCAAGCGAGCAAACAAAUACCCUAUUUAAAGACUCCAAAAAUAAUGAACACUUUGAAAUAAGAAUUUAAAUGAGCAAACAAAAAUAAAAUGCUGCCAGUAGACCCAGGACUGAGUAAUAUGAAGACUUCAUUUAAAAAAAA